UUACACAUUUCCCUGUUUAGAUUUUUUUUAGUGUGUUAAAAGCUGUUCAAUUUGCACAUUGAAUAUCUAGAUUCUAGAUCUAUCACUUGACACUAAGACACUUCGAUCAGUACUGAACUGACUUUUAUCUAGAUCAGUGACAAUGUGGAGUGCCGCCAAAAACAGGGACAAGGUUGUUUUGGCUAAUGAUGCUACAAUUGAUCAGAUUCCUCUAUAUAAUUCUGAACAAUUUGAAUCUUUUUUGGAUGACUUGAAUAGAGAUAGAGAUCAAGAUGAAGAAAUUCUUAAAAGAUUUGAAGAAGAAACUACAAGUGAUGAAAACAAACGUGAACUCUUCAUGGAGAUGACAUCAAGAAUUGGAUUUAGAAAAAAAAAAUUGAAUACCUGCAUUGAGGCCAUUGAAAAAAACAAAGAAAUACAAAGAAAAGCACAAGACAAUUUGAAAGAAAAGGCUUCUAAAGAAGGCAAGAUAGACUUGUUACUGCAGAUCAAAUUACUAGAAAGCGACUUGAAAUACAAAGAUAUUUUUAUUUCAUUGGCCAAAGAGGAACAGAAAAGAGAAGAGCUGUACAAAAACAAAGCCAUGAAGAUUAUAUUAGCUACAUGUGUCAAUAAUGAGUUUGAAAAUGAAGAGCAGUCAUAAAAAAAAAGCACUUGUUUAUUGAACUUUUGAUGCAAGAUGAAGGACGGGACUUUAUCAAGUACUUUGUACUAUCAAAUGAUACACUUCCCUAAGUGUCAGACUUUUCUGCUCUCUGUUACUCACUAAAACUAUUGCUAUUGUUUUUAUUGCAAUGAGCCUUAUCAUGAACAGCUGAAUUCUAUUCUAUUAAAUAAAACAAAAUUAAUUCUUCAACUAUUAAUCAAAGGAAAAAAAUUGUUUAUUUCCAUAUGCAUGAUAAAAAAAAUCAACAUCCAAUACUGUAAACUUACAGACAAAAUUGUAUAAGAUAUUUUUACAUAUCCAAUUCUAUGGCUUUUAAGUUCAAUAUAAUAUAUAUUGUAUAUUAAAAAAAAAAACUUAAAUAGAAGAAUCAAAUUAUAGACAAAAUUUCAAAUCCAAAUAAAGCACUAUUUACUUAACGCUGUGUUGUAACUAGAAGGACAAACAAUUUAUUGCUAUUUUCUUUCAAAUUGGUUGGAGUUGUUAUAAAAAUAUCACAAGAUUUGAUGUAAUAGAAAGAAAAAGUAAUUCAUUAACAUUACAGUCUAGUUCAGGCUUUUGUUAAUCAUGUUAUACCUGAAAAAAAAAAUCAUUUUAUAAUUACACGAAGAAAGAGGAGAAAUAUGUUUUAUGUGAAUUAUUUUUUUUACAAAGCUUAUAUCAACUCACUCUGUCUGUCUGUACAUGUUAUUUCUCCCACAUCCAAUCUCGGAUUAAGCUGAAAUUUUGCACAAUUAUUUUUUUUAGUGAAAUGGCUUGAAGAGCUUGAGGAGGAUUUAGGCCUUGAGUUUAAAUCCAGGUCAUUCACUUUUUUUAUAAAUGCAUUUAAAAAGCCAUCAUGGUAACAUUCACACAGAUACCCCCUUCCCCCAUCCAGACAAGUGAUAAGAUCAUAGUGUACUGACAAAGCUAAAAGCAUGAAAUUGAGCUAAACAAAAACAAUUGAAGGGCUUAGAUCAAGAAGGUGGUCAAGUCACGAUUAGGUCAUUUUGAGAUACAUGGAAAAAUACAUUUUUUUAUGUACCUCGUAAUAUUUGGUUCUUGUGGGCUAUGAACUAAAAUUUAGUGUUUCCAGUUUUAAUUGGCAAUUUCCCACUAUCUUAGGACUCUUGGGCAAUUCACCAUAAUUUACUUUUCUGUCAAUCUAAAAAGGACUUGAUCCCCUUCUUUCAUUGAAAGAGAUUGGAAUUUACUUCCUUCUUAGAUUGACAGAGAUAAUAUGCUCAUGAUUAUUCUCUCUCUAUAUAUGAGUCUAUUCUGAGCUAAACUAUUGUACCAUGUUAUGUUAUGAUAUUAUGUUACAAUGCUAAACCCAAUGCAGUAGUUGGACAGGUAACUUGUGUUCCCUUUGUUAACAGCAUUCAGUGCAACAAGGUGGUCAUGUCCUUACAGCUUCAUGCAUCAAGUGGCACUAUAUGAGCAUAGCCCCACCAGUACAGGCUUUCAAUGGGACUUUGUACACACAUCUACAAUUACACACAUGAGAAGUCAGAAGGUGCACAGAGCAUCUUGGUGACUAAAUUUGUCACUUCCACAAUUCUCAUACAAAUAUGACAACCACCUUCUUGCGCUAGUGCCUUCCAUUGGUAAAAAUAUUUGUAAUCACAUACAUUUAUUAUGGUUAGUCUAGACCUAUUACAAAUUUAAUUACUUUACUGAUCCAAAACUAAUUGAUUAAACUACGCUUAAUUUAAGCUUUGUUUAUUAAUAAAAGUAUUUUUUAUUUUUCUUGUUUAA